GCAUUACCGCUGGCUGGCUGGUGGUUGACAAAGUUGCAAGUCGUGCCCUCUUUUUGAGUUAAAUCACGUGUUUAAAAAUGAGGAGAGUAGUGGUCAGAGCUUCCCUCCUCCCUCUCCGGCCAGCAGCUGGGUCCACAUUAACUUCAGGCCACGUCCUGCUCUGUGCGGAUCCACUGGGAGCACCCGCGGGCCAAGUGGGGCCUCACCUGCUGCGGCAGGUGCUCCCAGGUGGGUCGGCGGCCAAGCUGCUACAUCGGCUCCGAAUCCCAAACCCAGAAGGUACCAACCUCGGCCGCGCGUCGCAGGGGUCUGGCGCCCGGUGGGACUGGGGGCACCGCGGGCAGGAGGCCGCGCCCCCUCCCGGAACUGUCGGGCGCCGAGGGGAGGGUGGAGCGGAGCCACCGCGCGCCGGGGGCCAUGGAGGUCCUUCCCGCGGGCGGGAACCUGGAGCCCGAGGACGCGGCGCAGGACGCGUUUCCCGGAGCCCUCCGGCUGCCCGCGCAGCCUGCAGCGCCCCCGGCAGAGCGGGGCCCCUGGGGCUCCCGGGACUCCUGGGAGGGCGAGGAGGACGCGGAGCCCGGCGGCCGCACGAGCCGCACGGCGUCCCUGGUGAGCGGGCUCCUGACCGAGCUCUACAGCUGCGCGGAGGAGGAGGAGGAGGCGGCCGGGGGCCGGCGGGCCGGGGGCCGCUGGCGGCGGCGCGACAGCCUGGACAGCUCCACCGAGGCCUCCGGCUCCGACGUGUUCCUGGGAGGGCGCGGCGGCGCGGGCGACUCCCGCGUGUUGCAGGAGCUGCAGGAGCGGCCGAGCCAGCGGCACCAGAUGCUCUACCUGCGGCAGAAAGAUACAAAUGAACUGAAGAUGAUCCUUCAGGAGCUGAAGUACAGAAUUGGCAUUCAAUCAGCGAAGUUACUCCGGCAGCUGAAGCAGAAGGACAGGCUUUUGCAUAAAGUACAGAGGAACUGUGAUGUUGUGACUGCAUGCCUGCAGGCUGUGUCACCAAAGAGAAGAGUUGAUACAAAGUUGAAGUUUACCCUUGAACCAGCGUUAGGUCAAAAUGGUUUUCAACAGUGGUAUGAUGCGCUCAAGGCAGUGGCCAGACUAUCAACCGGAAUACCUAAGGAAUGGAGGAGAAAGGUUUGGCUGACAUUGGCAGAUCACUACUUGCACAGUAUAGCCAUUGACUGGGACAAAACCAUGCGGUUCACUUUCAAUGAAAGGAGUAAUCCUGAUGAUGACUCCAUGGGAAUUCAAAUAGUCAAGGAUCUUCAUCGCACAGGCUGCAGUUCCUAUUGUGGCCAAGAGGCUGAGCAGGAUAGGGUUGUGCUGAAACGGGUCCUGUUGGCUUAUGCCCGAUGGAACAAGAAUGUUGGGUACUGCCAAGGCUUUAACAUCCUGGCUGCACUUAUUCUGGAAGUAGUCGAAGGCAAUGAAGGAGAUGCUUUGAAAAUUAUGAUUUACCUUAUUGAUAAGGUACUUCCUGAAAGUUAUUUUGUCAAUAAUCUCCGGGCUCUGUCUGUGGAUAUGGUGGUCUUCAGAGACCUCUUGAGACUGAAACUUCCUGAGUUAUCUCAGCACCUGGAUAUUCUUCAGAGAACUGCAAACAAGGAAAGUGGAGGUGGCUAUGAGCCCCCACUUACAAACGUCUUCACAAUGCAGUGGUUUCUGACUCUCUUCGCUACAUGCCUACCUAACCAGACGGUUUUAAAGAUUUGGGAUUCUGUCUUCUUUGAAGGUUCAGAAAUUAUCCUAAGGGUGUCGCUGGCUAUCUGGGCAAAAUUGGGAGAGCAGAUAGAAUGCUGUGAAACUGCAGAUGAAUUCUAUAGCACCAUGGGGCGCCUAACCCAAGAGAUGCUAGAGAGUGACCUUUUGGAAAGCCAUGAACUCAUGCAGACCGUUUAUUCUAUGGCACCUUUCCCUUUCCCACAAUUGGCAGAGUUGAGGGAAAAAUACACCUACAACAUCACACCAUUCUCAGCCACAGUUAAACCCACCUCAGUUUCUGGGCGGCAUGGUAAAGUCAGAGAUAGUGAUGAAGAGAAUGAUCCUGAUGAUGAGGAUGCUAUUGCUAACACAGUGGGCUGUCUUGGGCCUUUCAGUGGGCUCCUGGUACCUGAACUGCAGAAGUACCAAAAGCAGAUAAAAGAACCAAAUGAAGAGCAGAAUCUGAAAUCUAAUAAUAUUGCAGAACUGAGUCCAGGAGCAAUCAAUUCCUGUCGGAGCGAGUACCAUGCAGCUUUUAACAGUAUGAUGAUGGAACGCAUGACCACAGAUAUCAAUGCACUGAAGCGGCAGUAUUCUAGGAUUAAAAAGAAGCAGCAGCAGCAGGUUCACCAGGUGUAUAUCAGAGCAGGAUCUACAGAAGAAAAAGACCAGUUCUUUUUAGGUCCCAAGGACCAGGCAGUUGGUGACAAAGGGCCAGUGACCAGCAUCCUCCCAUCUCAGGUAAACAACUCUCCAGUUAUAAACCACCUUCUUUUAGGAAAGAAGAUGAAAAUGUCCAACAGAGCUGCUAAGAAUGCCGUCAUCCACAUCCCUGGCCACACAGGAAGCAAACUAUCUCCGGUCCCCUACGAAGACCUUAAGACGAAGCUCAACUCGCCAUGGCGAACUCACAUUCGAGUUCACAAAAAGAGCAUGGUGAGGUCAAAGAGUCAACUGGGCUGUGGGGACACCAUUGGACUGAUCGAUGAGCAAAAUGAGGGCUAUAAGACUAACAACCCAGUGGAAGUCUUCCCUUCCAGCUGUGCAGCCACAGCUGGACAAGUAGGAGGGAACUCAGAAGGCCCCGCAGGGAGGACAAUUGAAGGGCAGUCCCCAGAGCCCAUGUUUGGGGAUGCGGAUGUGGAUGUGUCUGCAGUCCAGGUGAAGUUAGAAGCCUUGGAACUGAACCACAGGGAUGCUGCUGUGGAGUCUGAGCCCCAGGCACAGCUGCCCUGCCAGCGCCACUUCUUGGAGCUGCCAGAUGCAUCCAGAAAAAACAAAGGCAUCGUCAGCAAACCUCCCCAAGGUGCUCCCUCCAAAACCCCCAUCUUUAGCCCCUUUCCCAGUGUCAAGCCGCUGCGGAAGUCAGUCACAGCCAGGAAUUUGGGGUUGUAUGGUCCUACAGAGAGAACCCCAACUGUACACUUUCCUCACAUGAGUAAGAGCUUCAGCAAACCUGGGAGUGGAAAUAGUAGCACCAAGAAACGAUGAUAUCACCCAGAAACUCUGUAUUUAGAUUCACCUUUUUCCAGAGGUGUAAAGGGUUUGGCUGAAUGGUCAAUGGCAUUGGAGUUGCCCCUUGAAAAUGAACAGAUAGAGUCCCAGAUGAGUCAGAGUCCAUACAAAUGGGAAUUGGAAGUUUUGAUUUUCUACUUUGAAAUGGGGGCAAGAAUAGAGCUAUUUUCCCCAUCCACUGAUUAACUAGUCCUGCAGGUCUAUGUGGCAAAAUAAAUAUUGUAGCCUUUAAGUGUGGAGUCCUCCCCGUUUUUCAUUGUCAACUGAAGAAAGGACUGUGUUGUGUCUCAGACUGUUAACCAGUCGUCUUCUGCUGUGAGGUUCUGCAGUGUCCUCGAGAGAAUACUCCACACCUUACCCCAACCUUCCAGUCUUCUAGAUAUCACUCAUAUUCAAGCAUGCAUACAGUAAUUUGCUAGGAAAAAAAAGCUGUAAAAAGAAACUUCCUUAGUUUCAAAAGGCUUCCCAAUGUCCUUAGUUGUGGUUUAUAGAGGGGGGAAACGUUCCUGUGUAUUGCUUUAUUUCUCUCAACUUCAGUCAGCCCCAGAAAUUUUCUUUUAUUUAUCUGAUAAUGUUCAGGAGAAAAAAAAUCUGAAUACCCUUCCCUUCCUAUUUCAAAUCUGUUUCUACCUAUGAAAUGAAGAAAAAUUUUUAUCUGUUGAAGAUUGACAAUUUGAAGAUCUUAGACAGAGGACAAAAGCAAGAUAUGUGCAUUAAGCAGUCUCUCUAAACAGCUUGCUCAUUCCACAGGUAUCUCCCAAGGUUCAUUUUCACCACCACAAGAGAAGUUUGGUCCUCAGUGAGGGACUUGAUGGGGUGGACUUUAUACAGAACUUGUCCUGCUGCCUCUGCCACUCAGCUCAUUAACCUCCCAACCAAGACACAGUAUAACACCUGAAACUCUGUUACUUGAAUUUUUUUUUUUUGGGGGGGCUGGUAGUUCAUUGAGUACAUUGUUACUUGAAUACUGCCUUUCUCUGGAGACAGCCCCAGGGGGCUUUUUAAUCUCUCCCCACUCACUACCCAGUAGGUCAGAGACAGCACUGCCAUCUUCACUAAGCAGAUGGAACUGUGAGCCACACAGAAGUGAAGUAACACUUCAGAUAUUCAAGAUAAAUACUCUCAGGAUUCAGUACCAUGCAGCCCUAUUUCCUCCAGUGCAAUAGGCAGAUCUGAUGUUCUUAGUACACAGAAACAUUGACUGUAUAAAGCCUCCAGAUCAAGACUGGAAAAUCUUCCAUAUCAUUUCCUCCUGACUCACAGGACCUUUCUCUGAUGGCAUUUCACAAAGCUAGCUCUGACUUUCUUACCUGAACAGGUAGUUUGUUAAAAAAAAAAAAAAGCUUCAUACAGCUGUCAUUGGGCUGCACAAAAGGCUCACUGACCUCAGCCCCUUUCUCCCAUCAUCUUCAGAAGAAGAGAUUGUGCACCUUUAUCUUCAUCUCUGGAAGACCUCAGCCAUGCUUGUGGGCAUAUUCUUGAUGUAGACCAUAGUGAUUGGAACUAACUGGGUUGUUAAUUCUGAAACCAAAGCUAUAGUUCCAGAGAGGGCCUUUAACAACAAAAGGCACUAUUUUUUGUAAUAAAAUGGUGAAUGUGAUUGUGUGGACUUUUUUUAUUAUUAUUUUUCUUUAGCAGAAAACACAAGAAUGACAUAGUUUUGGUCUCAAUUUUUGUACCAUUUGAAGUUCACAUGCAGUUUCUUAAAAAGCAGCCCUGCCCACAGCCUGUCUUGGGAAUGUGUUGGUGGAGAGUCAGGCUUACUUUACACCCCACCCCCGGGACAAGGCCUGCUGCCUUUUCCAAAGUGAAGUCACUGACAGGCGUUUCUUCCAUCUUCUAAACUUCACAGAUAAGAAUGAUUCCACCUUACGUUCUUCAUCCCCCCCCACCCCACAUACACCACAACAGUCACAUUCCCCUGGAGGAAUGUCUGCCUUGAAUAGAGAAUUGUUCUAUCUUCUCUUGAGGCAGCUGCCAGCUCUCUCAGGGCUUGAGUCCAGGGAGGUGGCAAGGAGGGUGGAGACCACUGCCUGCAUCCUCAGGACCCUGGACAUGACUGUCGCUACCUUAGUGUUAGCUGCACAGACUUUGCCCAUUUCCCAGUGUUGGUCUUCCUGAGAAAAGAAUGAGAUAGCACAAGGUUUGGAGUAAGUAUUGACUGAAUAAGUGCAAGAAUAAUAAUCCUUCAGGAUUUAAAAACAAAAACAAAACCUUUUCAGGAACACCCACCUCUGUCUCAGAUUUCCUGUUAAAGCACUUUGUACAAAUAAUGUGCAUGCAUUGUACCAAGUUAUCACAAUGUGAAUCCGUCAAUUUAUGAGCCUUGUCUCAUUUAGAAAAUAAAGAAACCUGCUGUAGCCGCUACUAUGCGGCAUGUGCAAAGACCACUGUAGACUUGUUACUUUCCACGUGUAUUGGACACUGUAUGCAAGCAGCCGACCUUACGUAGCGAUCUCUCUAGUUUUAGAUAUAUCAUUAUUCUGUCAGCACGUGGGCUCGAAGUCAGCUCAUUUCAAUGUCUCUGCAACCCAGUCCUGUUAUAAAAAGCUCCAGGGGACCUAAACCUGUAAUGUUGACCUAUGGGCUAUAAUUGUUUGGAAUACUGUACUCUUUACUUUGUUUGUCUCUUGUUCUCAAGAGCUGUGCUAAGACAUAUGCAUAAAGAUUCUCUUGUUGUA